AUGGGAUUUUCACGCCGACUCCGGUCGCUGCCACUGGCAGCCGUGGCCGUACUCUGUCUCGUUUUGAUGGUCGCCGCCGAUAGCGUGCCCAUCUCCGAAGACGGUUCAUGCGGCUACGGUAUCGUGUCGACGUGUAUUGGCUCCGAAUACGGUGACUGCUGUUCGGAGCACGGCUGGUGCGGCAACACGGCGGAUCACUGUCUCGACGGAUGCCAGGCCAGCCACGGCUUCUGCGGUGCGCAGUAUUUGGGGGUGGGUGGCGGGGGUGGUGACAGUGGAAAUGGUGGCAGCAACAGCGGAGGCGGCGGCGAUGGCAGCGGUGUUGGCGGCGGGUCUGUGGCAACGACGACCAUCGGGUCGGUCGUGUACGUGACGUCGAUUGUGACAGCGCAAGUGACGGCCACGACCACGGUGACGCGUCUGGUGCCGGCGUCGUCGACGCUGUUUACGUGGAAGACGUUUACGAAGCUGUCGACAGCGACCACGACGACAACCGAGACGAAAGCGACGGCGCUGACCACGGCGACGACGACCUCGACGAAAGUCGUGACAACGGGCACCGUGGCGUCGGUCGUGUCAGUCGUGGUCAGCGAGACGGCGAUCGCGACGGUCACGGUGACGACGAUUGACAGCACGAGCACAACGGCGACGAGCAUGGUGUACGUCACGAGCCUGGCCACAGCGACACAGUCGCUGACCAAGACGCUGCUGUCGACGCACUGGGAGACGGCGACGGCGACGGCCACCGUGACGAGCACCAACGCCAUCUACGUGACGGACCUGGAGAGCUCGACGCGGGUGCUGACGAGCACCCGCUACACGACGCAUUGGGUGACGGCCGAGACGACGUCGACGUCGACGGACGUGGCUCACGAGACGGUGCUGACGACGAAAUGGGCCAAUGCGACGUCGACGGCCGUGGUGACGGCGACGGCGACAAAGACGGAAACGGCUGUGGUCACGCAGACGCGGCUCGCGACAGAGACGAGCACGACGGUGGCCGUGUCACGUGUGACGUCGACCAUCAUUUCGGACGUGACCGUGACAAAGACGCAGACACAGACACAAACGCAGACGCAAACGCAGACGACGACAAUUCCCGUGACCACGUCCGUCUCCCGCACGCUAAACAUCACGCGCACAUUCGAUGUCACGCGCACGUGGAAUGCGACCUCCGUCACGACGUCGACCGCGGUCUGGACGUCGGACGUCAUCCACACGUCGACGGUCUACCGCACGCUGACCAACACGGUCAACGAGACGCACACGGUGGACGUGACCGUCUCUGUGACGGUCGACGUGCCGGUGAGCAAGACGCUGUUGACGACGUCGACGAACGUGGUCAAUGCGACGUCGACGGCGACGGCGACCGCGGUGGUCACACACGUCCAGGAGACGACGUCGACGCACGUGAUUGACACGACGUCGAUAGCAACAUUGACAGCGACAGCGACGGCGACAGCGACGGCGACAGCAGUGGUCACGCACGUCCAAGAGACGACGUCGACGCAUGUGGUCCAGGCAACAUCGACGGCCACGGCGAUUGUCUCGGUCACGCUGCCGCCGGUGACGGAAACAAAGACGGUGGUCAGCACGGUGCACGUCACCCUACCGGCUUCGACAUCGUCGGCGUCUUUCAAUGCGACGAGAGCGGCUACAACGGCGACGACGACGGCGACAACCACAUCAACAACGACAACGACAUCGACAACGACGACGACAUCGACAACGACAUCGACUGCGGUCGUUCGCGUUGCAAACGACAUUCAACCGAAUGCGGACCGUGUUGCCUUUGCAGACGUUGCAGGCGGUGCAGACAAUGCAGACAACGCGGCGGUUGUGUACGUGACGUCGACGCGGAUGCACACUGUGACGCAGAUUGAGGUGGCAAUGGCGACUGUGGCGGCGGUUUGA